GUUGAGAUUUAGUUAGUGAAGUACAUGUAAAAAAAGUAUUAAUCACAAUAUAUUGAGUUACGAGGGAUAAUGAACGGAGCAAUGGCCAUGGCACCAACAUCCCAGAAUAAUGUGGAACCUCCUAGCAAGAAACCUAGAGUUGAAGAUGUUACAGCGGAGAGACAGUACAGAAUCUGUGGCCUACGACUGAGCUGUGAUCAUGAGCGUGUGCCAAACAAAGAAAGAGAACGCUACAUUCGUUGAACAGAACAAAUCAGAGUUUUGCAAACUCCUACUGACACAGCAUCUAUUGUCGAGUACCAAAUAUGAUGCGUAUUUUAGAUAGAUUUGUGCGUCGCCUCAAUCUCGGAUAGUUUGCGCACAACCAUCAUUGCUCAGCCCAGAACACGGUUAGCUGUUAAUCAAACAAUCGAACAAAGCUAAUAGUAUUAAUUCGAGAAACAGCAAAAAUCAUAAAAGAGAGAAAGAAACGUUUCAACGUGUUCUGAUUUCUGUUUCAGAGACUAGCAGACCAAAUUGGUUAUGAUCAUACGAAACCUAAUCUAGUUAUUGGUAGUCUUUUUUUGGGGCUGAUAGUGUAAAUUGUAAUAAAAUUUAAAUGAAGUUAACCGAACAGUUGCAAUAAUUUCUCUUAAAUUUUGAUAUAUUUAGCAUAAUUUUGACGUUAUUUCUCUUCUAAGAUGUAAAAUAAUUUUAUUUUGAUGGCGUAAAAGAAAAGAAAGGAAUGCAUUUCUUUCAAAAUAUAUUUAUAUAUGAAUGAAUAUGUACAUUUAUGUAAUUUUGAACAUACAUUACUUUAUAUAAGUAACGUUAUUGUUCUUAAUUGUUUUAAUUUCUUUGAACUUACAGUUUGGAGGACGAUUCUACUGCAGUGGGAAUUGCUGUACGACAUCGUUACUUUUUGCGUCUCUUUUUAAGUCAUUUCUUUCACUCUUUGCCCAUAUUAAAAACUAUAAAAAUAUAUAAAACUUGUGUUUAUUAAAAUUUUACAGUAUACUUAUACACCAAAUAUUAAAUAUUCUUAAAUUAAAUAUUAUAUAUAUGAAUAUUUCAAAUUAUGCUUAAUCUUAAAAAAUAAUACUAGAAAAGAAAGAUAUUAGAAAUUGAAUUUGUACAUUUUAUAAAAUUAUUAACAGUUAUAGUACCUCUAUCAUCGCAAAAUAAAUUUUAAAAAAAUGGAAAAAGUAUGGAAGAAAAAAAAAAUAAAAAACAAAUGUUGAGAUAUUCUUCAAAAAAUUCUUAUGUGUGUGUGAUGGUGGAAGUACUAAAUAUAGAUUUCAUAUUUUAUUUUUAUCUAAUGCUAAUUUUUUUCGUAGGAAAUGCAUCAGAGUUCUUGCCAGGCCCUAUAUAUGAUCUUAAUCAAAUUAAACAAGUUGUUGCUGGACCUGGAGCUAAAUAUCUUACAUUGCCUGGCAUUCUAGGUGCAGGUCUUCCAAAAAUUACAUCUGAACAACAGGAUACAGUAAAUAGAGCAAAAAAAUAUGCAAUGGAACAAAGCAUCAAAAUGGUUUUAAUGAAGCAGACACUCGCUCAUCAACAACAGCAAAUGGCUAGUCAACGGAAUCAGGUGCAGAGACAGCAGGCUCUCGCCCUCAUGUGCAGGGUAUAUGUGGGCAGCAUCAGUUUUGAAUUAAAAGAGGAUACGAUUAGGCAAGCUUUUUUGCCUUUUGGUCCUAUAAAAUCAAUCAACAUGUCUUGGGAUCCAGUUACGCAGAAGCACAAAGGAUUUGCAUUCGUCGAAUACGAGAUACCUGAAGCAGCACAACUUGCUUUGGAACAAAUGAAUGGUGUCAUGAUUGGUGGACGUAACAUCAAGGUUGUGGGACGUCCGUCGAAUAUGCCUCAAGCUCAAUCCGUUAUAGAUGAAAUUACUGAAGAAAGUAAACAUUAUAAUCGAAUUUAUAUUGCAUCAAUUCAUCAAGAUUUAACAGAGGAUGAUAUUAAAUCUGUGUUUGAAGCGUUUGGACCGAUUACAUAUUGUAAAUUGGCACAAGGAAGCUCACCACAUCGACAUAAAGGUUAUGGUUUUAUCGAAUAUGAAACAAUGCAGGCUGCUUUGGAAGCUAUUGCAUCAAUGAAUUUAUUUGACUUGGGUGGGCAGUACUUACGAGUAGGCAGGGCUAUUACGCCACCAAAUGCUCUUAUGGGUCCGCCAAGUGGAACUAGCAUGAUGCCUACUGCUGCAGCAGUUGCAGCUGCAGCUGCAACUGCAAAAAUUCAAGCGAUGGAUGCGGUAGCCAGUAAUGCAGUUGCUCUUGGUUUGACUAAGCUUGGAGCAGCUGCACCACCGAUUUUAAAUCAAGCUUUACCUGGGAUAGUAAGACCCACUAUUGCUCCUGCAACAAUGAUGGCACCGCCAACUAUAGCAACAGUAGCACCUGUUAUACCUCCUCCUGGUAUAGCUAUACCGCAAACAUUAACUCGACCUCCUGCAAUAAUUCAACCAAUACCUGGACAACCAGUUGUGAUACCACCUCCAGCUGUUGUAGCACCUACAAUAGUAGGAACACCAGUUAUACCAGUUACAACUACAACAAAUUCUGAUAUUAUGAGACGAGCACAAGAGCAAGCAGCUCAUCAGAAACAACAAGAAGAAUUACAAAAAAAAUUGUUAGAGGAAACAGAACCGCAAACAUUACAGCAACAAGAAAAUAUGUCAAUCAAAGGACAAAGUGCGCGUCAUCUUGUUAUGCAAAAACUUAUGCGCAAAGUUGAAUCUCGCGUUGUCAUUUUACGAAAUAUGGUAGCUCCAGAAGAUGUGGAUGAAAGUUUACAAGAAGAAAUUCAAGAUGAAUGUUCUAAAUUUGGAGUUGUCGAAAGAGUUAUUAUUUAUAAUGAGCGACAAUCUGAAGACGACGAAGAUGCAGAAGUUAUCGUAAAAAUUUUUGUUGAAUUUUCUCAAAUGAGUGAGGCAGAACGCGCAAGAGAUUCUUUGAAUGGUCGUUACUUUGGUGGACGAUUAGUGAAAGGAGAAUUAUACGAUCAAGCUUUAUUUGAUAAUAGUGACUUUUCAGGUUGAUUACAAAAUACUAUCACAUCAUGUGUUGAAUUCCAUCAGUUUCAUUUAAACAAAAGAAUUUACUUACUGUUCAGUGAUAUUCCAUGUUGUCUACAUCGGAAAUACUUCUUAUACAAUGUAAACAAUUAUAAUCUAUCUUCUGAUUAAAAAAAGUCUAGGUUUUAA